CCUCAAUCAUGCCGUAACAUCAAAACAUGAAGAUAGUGGAUAUAUUGAGUAUUGAACAUUGGAAAACUAAGAAUUGAAUAGUUGGUCGGCAUAGUUACAGAUGGCAAAUACAUACAACGUGUUUGAAAUUGUACUCCACAACUACUAGAUUGUCUUAACCUCACUCCAGUCUUGCUGCUAAUUGUUGUAGGUUGCUGUUAUCAUUUAACAUUUCUGUACACACGUUACUCUUCACGCUCCAUCAGCGCAAAACUCACCCUCAGGGUAGGAGCAAACCGCCACGUGUUUGUAUCUCAUAAAAAGAUAUACUUCUGGAGCUAUUUUAAAGAUCCGACUGAGUUGAACAUUAUACAUUCAAUGGCUGAAUCGUUAGCUCAAGCUGGAUUAUAUAUUGACGAUUUUUAUAAACUUCGAAUAGUUGAUCCUAGAGUCGCACAAGAAACAAACGAACUUAAAGAAGAAUGUGAAAAAUAUCUUUCAAAAAUGACCGACUUUAAGGUGAUUAUUGGAGAACUUUUCAACUUGAUCAGCUCUGUAGCUGAAAAAGUUGAAUCACAAAAGCUAAAAGCGAUUGGUUCAAGAAACCUACUUACCUCUAUGGAAAAGCAAAGAGACUUACAACAAAAACACUUGGAAUCCCAGAUAUUGGCCAAAAAGAAAGAUAUAGAUAGGUGAGUUAUUCUUAUUAUACUUAGAUUGUGGAUACCAAUGGAAUCUCGGACGACCGUUUUGUUCUAUUUGUAACCAGUUUGAAUUUAUUUCUAAGGGUUUGUACAGUCGCUUUAACUGAUCAGUCAAAAAUGACGUAUGUGGAUGUUAAGCGGAUCUUCGUGAUGAUGACUUUUAAUUCGUACAUUUUCUACGUACUUAAAUCUUACACCUGGCUCUAAAAUUUUAUACUUGACUAAUGAUUAUACAAUGUCUUAUACAUCCUUAACAAAAAAGUAUUCAGUAAUGUUUAAAUGUUUUUACCUUAAGAAAAACUGCGGUUAGAUAUUAUUGACAGAUAAAUAAAAUAGUGUAAAACUGUUACAGGAAAAAUUCAUGCCAAAAUAUGUGGGAAAAUAAUGAAACGAGCAAACAAAAAUCAUAAAAAGGUUAAUAACAAGAACUAGAGAAAGGCAAUUAACGAAUAUCUCUGGAUUGCUAUGAUGAAAUUUGAAUAAUUUAAAUAACCUUUUACAAUCCAUAAAUGGUACCAUAAUGGGCUUUGGAGAAAGGUAGUGACAGACAUUUCUUGUUGAUUUUAUAAAACAAAUAAUAUAUGGUUAACAGUGAAAUCCAGGACCCAUGUUUCGUCUUACUCAAGAGUCGUCAGCUUCAUGCACUUGCAUCCCAGAGUUGAUGUUCACUCCGGUUUUUAAACUCAGUACGCUUUACUUCAAACACCAGUCAUGUUAUCCACUUAGCCUUAAGUCCAGAUACCUAGUCACUCAUGCAACAGAUAUGAAUUUUAACUAAAUUUUAGUGGUUUGAAUUUUCCCGUUGGUGGUAUUUUUACUGAGUUUUGAUCAGUUUUACGACAAAACCCGCGUCUUGAAUCCCAAUGUUAGCCACAUCAUAUUCAUUAUAUGAAAAAUUAUGAUAUCAUGGCUAGAUAUGUGCGAUCUGCGCAGAAUGCACAUAUAUCGAUUAAGACUGAUCAGAAUUAAGUCAAUAUUAAAAACGGGAUAAUCUGGACUAUUAUAUCUCUUGGUCGGUUCAACCACCCUACUACGUGCAAUUCUAAUUCGUAUAAUUUGUAAAAAAUAGUGUAAUUUUAGAUUUUCAUUCAUUGAUUACCGGUUGAAAGCUAAUAACAUUUUUGUCCAGUCCUUACUGUUAGUUGGAUUUUAUUCAUCAAGUUGGAAUAUAGUCAUUACUGUGAAUUAAUCGAUAUCGCGUGCUUUUUUUUUCUGAUAUUAGUUAGUUUGAGGUGGUAAAUAGGAAGCAAUUGAGAUUGGGUGAUGCAUUCCACGGUGGGCAUCAGUUCUGUCAAGAUUGCAAAUACAUUGUGAUGAAAAGAGCAAAACGAUAUGAAACACUGUUCUAAGGAUCUCUACUAUAUGACACCAAAGUUAUCUUUGAUUUUGUAACUGUUUGUUUCCAAAGUAAUAUUUGUGCUAUUGUAUGUAGUCUUGAUUAGAACAAUGUAAAGGAAAAUAUUGUCAUAAGUGUUAUGUCUGAGACAUUAAUCGACCCCACUUGUUUGAUCCACCAAUCAUAACUACAAUCGUAAUCUAUUCCUUCUAUGAUCUAGAGUUCUUAGCCUUGACUAGUGAUACAAUCCAACCGACGCGAUAAAACUUGAACUAAUGUAAACUUAAGUCCUACUGAUCCUCCGAUACCCAAGCCUUCUUCUGUUCCCAAUUAUAAAUCAUAAAGUAAGAGACAGCGCAAACCUACUAUUAUAUUACAAGCGUACUUAGGUUUAUGAACAAACAUACCGCACUGCAUGAUAUCAUAAAGUAGAAAACUAUGAUGAUACACAGACAUGCUGAUAGUGGAAGUGAAACCAGAAAUGUUGUGAAUAACUGACUAGCCAUAAAUUAGAAAUAAUAAUACCUGUAGUAAUAGUAGUUAGUUUUCCAAAUGGAAUCUUGCAAUAAACGGAAAAUAGAAACAAUAUUCCAGUUAUUGUGUAAUUAUAUGGUAAGAAUAUAUACAGUAAGACUCCAUAAAACAGUUUCGAAAGUUACCAUUUAUUCACUCUUUGUUUUGUCACAUCAAUAAGAACGACAUUUCAUUAAAACUAAACGAAUGCUUACUAUAUUUAGAUCUAUGAUGGCAAGGAUUGUACCGAUCAUUGGAUAAUAACAAGUUUUUUAUUUACUAUAUCAACUCAAUUAAAUUGUUAAUGGAACUUAUUGACUUUGUGAUAGAUUUGAUAGCCCCCCCCCAUUUACUUUGACUUGCACAACUCAGUUAUAUCACUAAUCCACACACUUUUGGUUUAUUUCAAAGUUCAAUGCACUAAUUUGCACUUCAUAUAUGAAAUAAAUAACUUACUCUAGCAAUAAUAAGUAUAGAUUUCUAGAAAACCAUUGAACGAGUCACAAUCAUUCGUUUAAUAUUUCAAGGAAUAUUGAAAAAAUGAAAUGAUAAAAAUAACUAUGAAGAUUUAUCUAUUACAACUUGACAUUUAGUGUCCCAUUUGAAUAUAAAACAGCGUGUAUUUAUUCAUAUGAUUGUAUAUUGUCAAUUUAUCAUACGUUAAAUACAAGCAAAUUAAACAUAUUAGAGAAAAAUAAUAAAUUGAAAUGGAAUAGAAUAAAUGAUUGAAACUAGACUAUACGAUUAUUAGUUAUUCUAUUGCCCACAUCACAGGCUAACGUUAGUUUAGUAACCAUUGAGAACCAACAAACACUGGAUAAAUUUUUCGUCCUAGUAUGCGACUUCCCAGAAGUGCAUAUUACCGAUCUAACUGGAAAUCGAACCCAGGACAUUUAAGCCUCGCAGAGAGCGCUUGGUAUUUAAAUCUCUCAGUCGAUAUCCGAUCAAUCCGGGAUAUAGUAUCGCAAUUUUUUUCGUCGUUGGUAGAUAACUAUCUUACAAUCGACAAUUCUGGACUCUACUGGUCACAAUCUCCCAAAACGACUUUAGAAAUUACCUCUCAAAAGUAGUAACUGAUGCAUGUAUUAUUAUUAUUAGCAUGAGAAGUCUGUGAAGAUUUGUGAAAUUUAAGAUUUACAUUAAGAUCAAGUCCUUAGAUAACCAUUGGAAACCAAGAUAAACUGGAUAAUCGUUUCAUCUUAAUAUGAAAUCAGUUCGUGAAGUAGACUAUACAAUUCAACAACCUCAAUAAACCUCCUAUACUAUGACCAUUAAUUAUGUAUUAUUCAACCUUCUGCUAUGUUAUGAGCCAAUUUUGCUUUUAUUUUACUUUUCCAAUUCAUUGAAUGCUAUAAAUUUACCUUUCUUUUUCUUUUAUUUUCGGGGAAAAAAAAUACGGAAACCUAUUGCUAGAUUGAAUAUUCAAUUACAAUCAUUACAAAAAGAAGAAGCUGAACAAACAGAGUUUAUUGAACGUUUUCUUAUGGGUCGUUAAAUUGUUCUUGAAAUUGUACUGGUAUUGUAUAGUAUCUUUUAAAAAAAUAAUGAUAAAUUUUAUGUACAAAUAUAUGAAUUAUAUCAAAU